AUGAACAACAACAACAACAGCCACAGUAGCAGCAAUAAUAACAGCAGUUUGAACCACAUCAAUAACAACAGCGUUGGAGCAAUAGCCGGUUACUAUCGGUUGUCUUCGCUCCCGUCUCAACUAACAGUAUCAUCGACCGUGCAGCAGCAGGAACCACAAAAGCAGUUGUUCGGUGGACUGAAUUCAUUUCAGAACCAUCCACACCAUCAACUACCAUCCCAAACCCUCCAGCAGCAACAAUUCGCAUUCGCCGAAGGUACAUUGAAAUCGGCGAUCAGCAGCCAGCAACAACAACAAAAACAGACGAAUGCACCGGCCUAUCUAAUGCAGACACAGCAAAAAAGCUAUUACAACAGUGCAUCGUCUCCGAUCGGCGCCCAUCUUGGUCACUAUGCUGCAGCUGUUGCUACUGGCGGGGGCAAUACGAGCGGUUGUUCGGUUACGACGGUAGGAAGUGUGUUAGGAGGUCAUCCUGCAAGUACUACGGCGGUCGCUGCUGCCGCUGCUGCCACCCUUCACGCAAGCAAACCACGAUUCAAAUUAUAA